UUUAUUCAAUAUAAACUAAACCUCCGUGACGUGUGUCAGUGAAAAUUUUACAGUAUGGAAUUUUGCAAGAGUCCAUAUUAAGCGAAGACAUCUGCGGGAUUUAAAGCUUUUCGAAGAUGGAUUGCGGGAAUUCGGAAGGCGGCCACAUAGCCGUCCUCAAAACCUCGGACUUUUACCGUACUUGCAAACUACCGAAAAGAUUUGAAUAUCCUUCUUGGUUUUAUGGAUAUGGGAUUCAGCGGAGGCCGCCGGAACAUCCUUUUUAUAGGACCACUUCUAGCGAUUACGGGAGAUACCCACCCACUAUACAUACCGUACCUACGUCGUUUUUCCCUAAUAAUCAAGAGUUCAGUAAAGCUCUGGCUAAGACUGGAAUGUACAGAAAUUAUUCGCUCAAUACCGGCCUAGAUCCCACGCCCUACUGAAUGACCCUCGGAACUCAUCUCCCAAAUUUGUUAAUGUUGUAUUUAUUAAACAUGAUAUGCAUUUUACUUAAGAAUUACGAAUGCCAAAGUGGAUGAAGGCAGCUAAAUUAAGAGAAGCCUUGUUGUGUUCAUACAUAUUUCGUUAUUGUUUUUGUUAUGUUUGCUUGAAAAUUUGAGACUGGUGUAAUGUAACACAUUGUUGGUAAUAAUAUUUUAUAAUAAAUUUUUGGUCAGCA